AUUCUGAUCAUACAGUAUAUGAGAAUUAUACAAUAAAUUAAAACAAUGAAGUUUUCACUUAUAUUUGUUAUUGUAUUAAUUGCUUUACGAGUUGAGGCCGACAUGAAUGCCGGUGCCAAACACCGAUGCGAAGAGUAUACGUCCAUCUUUGAGAACGACACCAUUGAACUACAGUACGAUUACUGUGAGAACAUUGACGACGGACGCGGAUUCACGUCAGGUCGCGCCGGCUUUUGCACGGGAACGGGGGAUGCCGUUGAAGUGGUCAGAAAAUACACACAUCAAAAAUCAGACAAUCCUUUAGCCAAAUACUUACCAGAAUUGGAAAGAUUAGCUAAAGAAGGUAGUGAUGAUGUCAGCAAACUCGGAGGUUAUUGCAAAGCAUGGCAACAGUCAGCUAAUGAUCAACUAUUUCGCAAAAUACAAGACGACAUAAGUGAUGAACUUUAUUAUAGACCAGCCAUGGAAAGAGCUGAUAGAGCCGGUCUUAAAACAAAUUUAGGUAAAUGUGCGCUCUAUGACUGUAUUAUACAACACGGAGAUGGAGAUUCAGGUGAUUCAAUUGGUCCUAUAAUCAAGAAAACAAUGGGUGGACACGUAGACAGCAAUGAGAAAWCAUGGAUUAAAGAGUUCCUUAAAAAUAGACGAUAUGUGUUAACUCACGCAGAAGAUCCCGACACCAGAGAUCAAUGGGCUGAGUCAGUAGAUAGAGUCGAUGCUAUGAUUCCUAUUCUUAAUGAUAAUAACAUGGACUUUGAUGGACCUAUUAAAGUGCAUACACCUAACCACGAUGCUAUUAUACCAGCCUAAAUCAUUUUUAUCAUUUU